UUAACCAAAACAAACACGCGGAGUGUUUUGACCUGCAGCUAAACUUUGAAUCGGUGCUUGUUUGGCCAUAAUUUCACUUCCUCUACGCAUUUGGGGUUGAGGACUAAUGAUUACUGCAACUUAUUACGAGUUAACUUAAUAGGAAAGGCGUAUUUUAGUGUGUGAAGACAGUGAAGAGUCGCCUUUGCAGCAGCUCCAUGAACUCAGCUCGAGGUUAUCUCUAGUCGCGGUGCGAUUCCCAGCUGAGGUGGAAGAUGCAGAUCGUUUAGGAUCACUUUUAAACAAAUAUCGGCGAUAUGGAUGGCAACAGCAGGAGGCUGGCAACCCGGUUGUGUGCGGCGGUGAACGAUGGAGAUCCCAGAUCCGUCCAACUGCUCCUUUUAAAGGGUGCCAGCCCUGAUCUGGUGGGUAGUAAGGGCGUGGCUGCGAUACACUUGGCUGUUGGCAAAGAAACUGUGAAGAACAUACACUGCUUGAAAAUGUUGCUGCAACAUGGAGCUGACCCCAAUAUCAGGUCAUCUGACGGCCUAACCCCUCUUCAUGUUGCUGCGCUGUGGGGAUGUCAUCAAAAUCUCCAGCUGCUCUUGAUGAAUGGAGGGAAUCCAAGUAUCAAAGACAAUGAAGGGAACACGCCAGGGCAGCUUGCAGAGGAACAGGGAAAUCGAAAAUGCUCUCAUCUCCUCAAGGAAUACCAGGCCAGCUCAGCGGAAACUGAAGAAGAGGACUUGCCUCAGUUUCAAUACUCUGUGUACUCACACCAGACCGACACGUCCAGCUAUCCCCAAACUGACUGCAGCUUCAGUUCCCAGUCGUCUAUGAUAAGUGACUUUGGUGAAGCACCACUGAGCAGCACAAGGCGCUCCUCAUUUUUCAACCUGUCUGAUAUUAAUGGAAGGCCAAGUUUCAGAGGAAUAUCUUUUAACAGACUCUCUGGACCUUCUAUACUUUCAAGCACUCGCAUGUCGGCCAUGGGACCUCCAGCUAAAAUGAUAGGUCUUAAAGAGGAUGCUUCACGUACUGAUGAAAACCUGUUCACAAACAAAGAUGAUGGUGUGAGCUCUCCCCCAAAUCAAGGCAUCUAUCCAGAACUUUCCUCCAGGCAAGAUGUGCGGAGGAGCGUCAGCUUCAGGGAUGCUGAUGAAUAUUUUCCCGUUUUCAGCCCCGAAUCUCCCAAACAAUGUCCCGCCAGCGAAGGCAGGCAGUGCACCAGCCAGGUACCGUUUGACAUGCACGAAUACUCUGGUUUCCUAGAUUCGGACCGCAUGGCCACUCUAUUACCCCAACAGGGCAUCGACGUCACGUCCCCGGACCACGUUUACGUCUUCUGCAGGGACAGCAGCGAGAGCACCGAGUCGGAUUUGGAGAAAACGGUCAUCAGCAACUUAGCUUCAAAUGCAAGCAACGACGAAGAGGAGGGGGAAAAUGUGAAAGAACCCCAGGGGAGCGCAUCUGAACAGCAAGCACCGUCCCAAGCUGCCAGCAGCAGCAGUGGGACUGGCAGCAGUCAUUAUAGUAGCUGUGACAGUGACCAUUACACCAGUGCUCUGGGGGCUUCCAUACACCCUGGACAUCCUUCAAGGCCCGUCGUAGAGGAUGUUUCUGCUGGGAUGAAAUCAGACAAAACAUGUCCGGUUUUUAAAGACUCAGAUAUUGUAUUUACGAGUCAAGACAGGAAUCGUCCAUCCCCUCAAGGAGAACCGAACAGUGGUUCAAAAUCAGAAACUGUUGAGCCUUUAACAAGUAUGUAUAAAAAAUUGACAUUCUCCAGAGAAGAUGAACAAAACAAUGUAGCAUUGGAUGCUUGUAGCGGUGCUCCCGUAGACACUUCCAGUCCAGCAGAAGCUGCUGAGCCAGUGCCGUACGCCGGAUCUUGUGCAACUGAAGCAUUAGAAGAAACUGUUGACCUGCCUUUCACACCGAGUCCUUUUGUUACCGGCAGGACACGGUCCAGAUUGAGCCGUUGUUCAAUGAGGACAAGCAAAACCUCUGAGAGCCUCAUCACAUCCUUAUUGUUUGAGAAAACCUUGCCUACACCAGUUCGGACACUCCGCCAGACUCCCAGGUCCCAGGGCAGCGAACUUGACUACAGCUCGCCACGAGUUCCUCGCUACACACCCUCCCACUCGGAGAGAAGAGAAGAAGAAGACGACGCCUCAAUCAUGGAGAGCCAGGACUCACCGUCCAUCAGCAACAGUCAAGAUGAUACAAUAAUUCUUCGUAAGACCGUAAACGACUGUGCUGAUGAGUCGCAGUCUUUGUCCGACACAGUUAUAUUAGACAAGGAUCGAGAUAAUACAUUUGAUUCUUAUGAAAGACAUUUUGCUGAGAUUGUCCUUGCUGUGCAAGGAAAAGACGGGGGUUUGUUUGAAGGAGAGGAAUUUCUAACUGAUGACCUGACUAGUGCAGAUGAGGCAGUUGCACAGAAAAGUGUGACGGGUGCCCCUGCUGAGCCCCUAGAAAACAACUUAAAAAACGAAGAAGCCUGGAUAACCGAGGACUGGGGCCCUCAGUCAGACUUUGCGUCUUCUUCAUCCACUUCCAGCAGUUUUUCUCCGAGGAGGUCCAGGGAGAACUCUGAGCUUCCUUGUACUCCAGGGACAGGCUGCACGCCGAGGUACAGCAUGAGCAGGCUUUCCAGGAGCCGCGGGUCACAGCGCCUGGCCAACCUGUCUUACACCCCCGGCGGACGUCCGCUCAUCCAGGACCUGGACGAACCAGUGGAGUACCUCUACACCGAUACGGAGCAGGGCCACGAGCUCAUCGAGACUCACGUCCCGCCCACGGCAGACACGUCCGUCAGCUCCAGCUCCAGCGCUACCAGCAGCGAGGAGACCAUUAUUUAUGACUGGCGUUCCUUGCAGGCUGAAAUGAAGGUCAGCAAAGGAAAGGAGAACCGGUGUCUCCAGACCCCAGUGCCGGAGAAGGAUAGGAGUGACUCUGAGGAUAGUUUGCCAGAAAUCAGAGGGCUGACUGACAAGGAGCUGAGAUUGAAGCUCGUGGAGCUGGGGGAGAGUCCAGGUCCCAUCUCCACUCGCACCAGGCCCACCUACAUGCGAAGGUUGUGUCACCUGCUCCAGGAAUCCAACUCCCACUCGUGGCAUCCCCAGAGGCAGUUAAACCAGCCACAGACAGGACACUUAGGUUAUAGUCCAGAACUAUCUUUGGCCCUGCAGAACUUCAAGUUGCCCGAUUGCCAUGCGGAUGAGCAGGCUUUGAGCCAGCAGUUUGACCAGCCAGACAAGAACAGGAAGUGGAGAGAGGGCAUCAUCAAGUCCAGUUUCAACUACCUGCUUCUUGACCCAAGAGUGACAAAGAACCUACCUUUCCGCUGCCACAGCAUGACUCCUCAUGAGUGUUUCCAGACUUUUGUCCAUGCCAUAUUUUACGUGGGCAAAGGAAAACGUUCCCGCCCCUACAGUCAUCUUUAUGAGGCUUUGGAGUACUAUAAAGGAGAAAAGACCUCCAAGAACCUGUGCACCAAAGUGCAGCAAAUCCUGCAGGUGUGGAACGCCGGGCAGGGUGUCAUCUCUCUGCAUUGUUUCCAGAACGUUAUUCCAGUGGAGGCGUACACAAGAGAAGCCUGCAUGGUGGAGGCUGUCGGGUUGAAGAUGCUCACCAAUCAAAAACGUGGGGAUUUCUAUGGCGUGGUGUCCAACUGGCAGCAGAAGAGAAAACGGCAGCUCGGCAUCCACCUGCUUUAUCGGGCGAUGCAGAUCUUCCUGGCCGAGGGCGAGAGGCAGCUCAGACCAGCAGACAUCAGACAGUAGACGGCCGUGCAGGCAGCUGCAAAGUGCAAUGCACACAGAGGGGAAAACACCACUACUGUAGAUACAAAACACUGGUUUAUUGCUCCAAAAAUGUUGUUUUUUUCUUUUUGUCUGUUUGUUUUUUAAAACAUCAAGAACUCUUGAACUUCUAUCCAUGAACUGAAUAAUCAUUCUCUCGUAAAUUAACCUGCAUGUCUUAUUUCUGAGAAAGAUACAAUAUGUGAUCUGUGCUAUCAGUGAUAAGACCAAAAACCAAUAUCACAGUUUUCUUUUCUUUAAUACAUGCAGAGUAUCACACGUGACCUUUAAACACAGAACAUCAUGUAUUUUGAACCAAAUUAAGAAUGUCCCAAGAAUCUAUCAGAACUAUUCCUUUAAUCUACCCAGAUGUGCUGAUGAAUGAUGGAUACUCAAAAACCAAUCAAAACAUUUUCUAUUUUAUAUUCUGGGAGUCCAGUCCAAGAUAUUUAAGAUUGUCAAAUUGGUGCACAACCGAGCCCCGAAGCAUUUCAGCGUUAUCAAGUUAUCUGGUGUGAUGUGUCAUGUAAACAGCUUCUCCUGAACGUAUUUUCCACUGAGUAUUUCAAUUAAAAAAAGUGAAAAUGUUGUAAAAAGAAGAAGGCAGCUGGCAAUUAAGCAGGUAAAUUUUUUACUGUAGCAAUUUCAAACAUGUAUUACGAAAUGUUAUUUUUUUUAAGGAAAUCUGUGUUUGUUAGACUGUGAUAUGACUACAUUUUAUUUUAUUUUUGACCAGUAAUAACUGGUAUGUAUAUAUUUUGUAUGUAUUUACUGUCAGUAUAGCUGAACAUAGAAUAUGAACUUAUAUAUGUGAUUUUUGCUCAUUGUAGAUCAGCAGGCUCUGCGGCUUAGUAGUCCAGCUAGUUUCUUUCAUUUACAGCACUUUGUGCUCUUGAAUGCAGCAUUAUCAGACUGCACGCUGCGUCUCUCUGGCUGCAGCUGUUAUUUGGUGUCAUAAUCUCCAUAAUUUUGUCAUCUCAUUUACUACACAUCAGUGACCCGAGCAGUGAGCAUAAAAAGUGCUCAUUAUCACCUCAGGGUAUAACAGUUGAUGAGUUGUCUGGAAGUUGCACAAAUUUCUAAAUUACAAAUAGGCAUUAAAACUAACAAACACUGCAUUUUAUAAAAUCCUCGUCUUUCUUGACAUGACAGUCCCCUGGUUGAAAAUCGAGGCACCAGAGAAAAGAAGCAUAACAUCUUUUAACAAGCAUUAACUUUCGGUUUUGAUUCAGGUUUUGUAAAUAUUUUCAGUACUCCUUAAUAUAAAAACAAGGAAAAAAGAAAUUCAAAUUUGAGCAUUUAAUAAUACGCAAAAAAAACCCAAAUGUAGUCACUUUCUGAUUAUUCAGAUUCUAUUAUUUUUAAAAAACAAAGCCCGUCGCUAUGUCUUGCAGAUUGUUUUUUUUUGUCAUGUGUCCCUUAUUAUUAAUGAACACAAUUAGUGAAUACUCUGCUUUCCCUCAAUGUGAUCACAUGUAUUGCAACUACUACUGUCUUGUCCUGAUUUGCAUUUGCAUUUUAUUUUAAAAGUGCUCAUAGUGUAAAUAUAGGUUAACCAAGCGUGGAGGUGUAGAGGUCAUGUAUAAUCUGUGCUACAUUUAGUCCCUCUCAUGUCUGUUCUUUGGUGUCCCUCUAGUGGACAAAGGAGGUCAUUAAUUCUCGUUCUUCCGUUCAGAGAUUGAACAGUAAUAGGUCUUAACCUCCUGUUCUAUGGCUCAACGAAAUGAAUGAUUGGUAAAUAAUGGCUUCAAAUAUUAACACAAUCUUUUCCAUGUUCACAUUCAUUUAAAACAGCAUCAACUGUGUUUAAGUGUUACUGGAAAACAUUUUGUACAAAUGAAACUUGGGCCUCAUUUGGCUGUUUUCUUUUAGAA